UGUUGCAUAGUAUUUUUUAAUGUAAUUACAUAUUUUAUUAAAUGUUUUCUGAAUAAAGAAAAUUCUCAUUCAAUUCUCUUUUCACAUUGCUGUUCGACCGUUAUCAAGGAUUACUUACUUACUGCUAUAACUUUCUAGCGUAUUUCAAAAUUUGAAAUAUGGAAGCACUCUCCUUGUGCAGACUCAUUUCUUCAUUUUCUUCUUCAUCAUGAAUCAUCACGCACACUACUCAAAAACGGAUCUUACAACUGUUUCAGUCUUGAGCUCAAUAAUAUGGAGAUUCACUUUCUUGGUACAGGUGCUGCCAACCCCUCUCCAACAAGAGGGGCUUCAAGUAUUGUUAUUCGGCAUCCAACAGGAUCAUGUUGGAUGAUUGAUUGUGGAGAAGGAACACAAACACAAGUCAUGAAAAGUAACAUCCGACCUGGAAAGCUUGAAAAGAUAUUUAUUACACAUUUGCAUGGAGAUCAUGUAUUUGGUUUGCCUGGUUUGUUAUGCACCAUUAGUUUAAAUAGUCCUUUAGGAAGGUCCCCAAUCAUGAUAUAUGGUCCGAAAGGUCUUGGACAGUUUAUUAAGACAACACUAAGUCUAUCAGGCUCACAGUUAAAUUUUUCUUGUGUCAUUCAUGAACUUGUUGAAUCAAAAGAAGAGAUUGAUGAUUGCUCUGAGAUAAAUCAACAUGAACAAACAAUACUUCAUAAUGAAGAUAACCAAAUUGAAAUCAAGGCAAUCCCUCCAAAUAAAAAUAACACCUGGAAUGUCCUGGAUGAUGGAAACAUGACCGUUUUAGCUGCCCUCUUAGAACACAGGAUCACUUGCUUUGGUUAUGUAUUUCAAGGAGAGCAAACAGGGAAAUUAAAUGUGAACUUGUUGAAAUCUAUGGGUAUACCCCCUGGGCCACUAUAUUCUAAGUUAAAAAAUGGGGAAUGUAUCAUUACCAGUAAUGGCAUAGUUGUGCAACCAAGAGAUGUUCUCAUGUCACCAAUUCCUGGACGAAAAGUGGUUGUUUUGGGAGACACUUGUAAUUCAAGCCAACUUAAUGACAUUGCUAUGAAUGCAGAUGUUCUUGUUCAUGAAGCAACCAACGAGAAUGCGCAUCAGUUAAAGUGUGUUGAGAAUGGUCACUCUACUCCAGCCAUGGCAGCCAAAUUUGCAAAGUCAAUCCGUGCAAAAAAACUGAUCUUAACUCAUUUUAGCCAACGCUACAAAGCAAACAAUGAAUCCUUGAAGCCAGGCGAAGAAAGUGUGAUGAAACUUCUUCAUGAAGCGAAAAACGAGUUUGACAAUGUCGUUAUGGCAUAUGAUAUGCUUGUAGUGAACGUCCCACGAACUUCAUUUAAAUAAUGUGCAGAUAAAAGCGAUUGAUGAAGUCUAUGAUCGAAAUUACAAAAACUUUGUUCAUCGUCGCAAGUAAC